AUGGAUCCAAAAUUACCAUUCUAUCUUCAACAAUCCCAUGCCCAACUAGCCACUAAAUUCAAACAAAUCAAAUUAUUAGAAGAUGAAAGAAUUCAUGAUGUUACUAUUAAAAAAGAUGAAUCAAAUUGGAGUGUAUCAUCAGGUAUUGAGGCAUUUGAACUCAAGAGAAAUCGUUAUAUGAAUAUAUUACCAUGGGAUAAAACAAGAGUUAAAUUAAAUGUUACAGAUGGGUUUAAUGAUUUUAUAAAUGCUUCAAAUAUUGAAUUAGAUCUUAAUAAUCAUGAUUUUAAAAGUUCAAAACAACAAUAUAUAUCAACUCAAGGUCCAACUAAAAACACAGUUGAUCAAUUUUGGCAAAUGAUUAUACAACAAUCUCCCAUGAAGAAUGUUGUAAUAUGUAUGGUUACUCCAUUACAAGAACAUGGUGUAACAAAAUGUUUUAAAUAUUGGUGUGAUGUUAAAGAUGAUUUAGUUAAAUUUCAAGGUGAUGAUAAUGGAUUUGAACAUGAUUUAGAAUUAAAAUGUAUAGAUUCAGUUGAUACUGAUAUACCAGGAGUUACAUAUACUACAUUAUCAUUAAAAUCAAUUAAAGAUGAUACAAUUAUUGAUGAAAAAAUUAUACAUCAUUUAUAUUAUGAUAAAUGGACAGAUUUUAGUAAACCUGAAGAUUGGAAAUCUAUUUAUCAAUUAACCAAAUUAGCAAGAGGGUUAAAUGAUGAUUUAAAUAAAUUAAUUGUUCAUUGUUCAGCUGGUGUUGGAAGAACAGGUACUUUUAUAACAUUAGAUUAUUUAUUUAAUAGUAUUGAUCAAUAUGAUAAUUCUCAAGAUAAAGAUCUUAUUGAGAUUAUAGUACAAAUCUUAAGAACUCAAAGGAUGAUGAUGGUUCAAAGUCAAGAACAAUUCUUGUUUAUUUAUGAUAGUUUGAAAAGAUAUUUAUUAGGUGUGUAA